AUGUCUCUGUGUCUUCUAGAAGCCUCUUCUUAUGCCGUCGCUCAGACACUCAGGGGUGUGUCUGCCACCAUGGAGACCAUGACCCUGGAGGAGCCCGGGGGUGAACAAGCCUCUCCCCGGGCCCCAGGGCCCCUCCGCUGUGGCCCCUGUGCGGUGUGGCCACGCCAGCAGACCUGGCUUUGCGUUGUACCCCUGCUGAUGGGCUUUGUGGGCCUAGGCCUCAGCCUGAUGCUUCUAAAGUGGAUUGUGGUGGGCUCAGUGCAGGAUUAUGUCCCAACUGACCUGGUGGAUGCCAAUCGCAUCGGACAGGACCCCAUUUUCCUAUCUAAACCCAGUGCCCUGCCCAAGGGUUCUGAUGGCUCCACAUCUACCACUUCCGCAACGCCCUCAGCGGCUCCGGGUACAGGUACAGUGCAAAGGACUCGAAUUGGGCAGUCCUCAAACCACACGGCCAGUAGCAGUAGCAGCAGUGGAGGAGGUGGUGGAGCCUUAGGGGGAGGCUCAGGAAACAGAGCUCCACACCUGCAUAACAGAGUGGGAACACGAUUGACCAACACCACCACCGCCACCCGAGCCACCAAUCCUGCCCCACCGGGAGGAAAGGAGGUGACCCCACGCAGCACAACUGUCCGAAAACCCAACGGGGAGGGUGUGAGCCGAAAUGCAUCUCCUUCUGCACGGGCUGGGCCACCGACUACCACGAACACGACAACCACUAUGAUUAUGACGAGUACAACCACCACCCAAGCGGCCCAACCGACCUCCACCCUCACGUCCCCCUCCAAGCCUGGUCAACGCUGGAAUCAUGGGCGCUCCUCCAAGGGCCCUUCAACCAAGCCUACUCGCCCACACCAUCGCUUCAGGACACUUGCCCCCACAACCUCCACCGUACGUUCGGAGUUCUUCAAGCCGUGCCAAGACAGUCAGGAGAUGGCCUUCUGUUUGAAUGAGGGAGAGUGCUUCAUCAUUGAAACAGUGGCAGGUGUACACAGACACUGCAGGUGUAAAGAGGGUUACCGUGGACUUCGUUGUGACCAGUUUGUCCCGAAGACAGACUCCAUCUUAUCUGACCCAACAGCAGAUGAGCUGGGCAUUGAGUUUAUGGAGAGUGCAGAAACCUAUCAGAGACAGAUAUUGUCCAUCUUCAGCAUAGCCAUGGGGAUCAGCCUGCUGGGAUUGGCUUGCAUGGCUCUUUACUGCAAAAACAAGAGACAAAGAGAGAAGCAUAGAGCCCAUCUGACUGAAAAUCGCAACUUGAGGGACUGUACUAUCAAUACCUCGGGUCUCAUGUCUAAAUCCAGCCCCAGACUGGAGAGCACCCUCCAGCUUCAAAAGAGCAGAAGAGCCCAUGGUUUCUCCUCUCCGCAGGCGGCCAACAUAGUUCUCAGCAGCUCUAAAGUUUCCCUACCAAAUCAUAAUCGCAGUCUCUCCAUGGGGAAGCGCUGCAGAAGCUGCUCCUUCUCCUCAAGCCCUGCCCUAAAACACAAGGUAACCAAUUAUCGAGCUGUCUCAAAGUGGACUCCGCCCAUCUCUAGAGCAGGCCAUCAUCUCAGUGGAGGAUCUCGAGAUUCUCUUCAUUCCUAUAAACAUCUCCAGGAAGUGGAGGUCAAUGAGGUGAUACCACAAUCUUUGAGAUGGUGCCAGUCUCACUCGGACAGCAAUCAACAAAGCCGUUGCAAUUUGAAUAUGCAAAUUAUGCUCUCCACCCAUUCCAAAGGAAAGAUGGGCUACACUGAUGUUCCGUGCACUCGUCUCGACCAGGGAACAACCUUUCCUCCCCCUUCUUUCCGAGCCCACUCCGUACCCAUUAUCCCCUCCGUUCAGGGACCUGAUUUUGGGGAGGGGGGCGGGAACAAGCUGCAUAAUGGGGGUAGGGGAUCUUCCAGCUACAACCUAAUCAAUCCUGAGACUGAGGCGGAGUCAGUGGCAAAUUCCAGCCGAUCACUUGCCAGCUCCUCUGUGGCGGUGCAGGAUCUACAGACACUCACCUGCUCCGAGUCUGCACUGAUGUCAAGGGGCCAAAUCAAACACAAAAGCCUUGUUACCUACACAACAGCCUUGGGAUCAGGUACAAGCUCCAGGAGAGCAAAGACUGUCAUUUCUAUGACCGUACUUGGAUCGGGGGCGAAAACCACACAGUACGCCGCCAGCCUGCUGUCUAAGACUACCGGAGGACAGGAGGGUCGGUCUGCUUUCGGGGAAGGACAGCAGGAUGAUGGUUUACAAACCCCAUUUGUGGGGGACGAAAAGGACAGCUUCUUUUCUGAUGGGGUUAGAGUUGUGGCCUGCCUCACAAAUCCUACAAGCUGAUUGGAUAAAUGCAAAGAUUGCUUUGAAAACUCCAUGUUGGUGUGGAUGGGGCAGGAACGUCCCCGCUUCUGCAAGACACUUACUUUUGGAACUAUUUUACUGCAUUGUGAAGUACAACUACUGACAACCGAAUUUAAAACACUGACUUACUGACAACACAAUGUGAAUAGAUGUGAGAGAAUGAAGACUUUGGUGGGAUGUUGAUCUAAAGAGGUACUGAAGAGGAUUUAUAUGCCACUAUUUAACAAAAGCUUCAAUUUAGAAACCAAAUAGUGUGUCAUCUCAAUGUUGUUUCUCUACUGUAAAGAAGAAAAAAUAUAAUAGAUGUCAAAACUAUAUAUAUGUCAUAUAUUCCAUGUAUAUGACAUACCGAGUGACGAAAAUAAAGAUGCAA